GCCAACCAGCAACCGCAAUCAACAAUCAAAAGUCAAAUUCAUAUAGAGAAUAUCAAAAUCAAAAUACCUACUGACACUUCUCGUGAAUUUCGUAAAUGUAAGAUGAAUAAUAACAGUAUGUCCAAUAUAAAUAGGUUUUCAUUAAUAACGUCAAAUAUUCCUGUUGACUUGGCGUUUGAUUUCAUUACAAAAACUGAUCUACAGCAGUGUUUAGAAUACCUUACAGCAUGGUACUGCAAAGUUGGCUUUAUCCAAUUAUUUGCCAAUGAGAAAAUUUCAAGUUUGGAUACAAUACUAUCUACGGAUUUAAUAAAAAAAGUGAUAGCCAAAUUACCCACAGUGGAUUGUGAUGAUUAUAAACUUCAAAAUGACAUGGAAAAUCAAUUUAAUCAAAAGCUUAGUACAUUAUAUAAUUUUAAUAUAAAAAAGUUUUUAAUCGAUUUUAAAUUACCAAACAAUUCAGCUAAUUUGGCUCGAAUGGUAUGUAAAUAUUCAAAUAAACCAAUUAUGUUUAAUUUUAAUGUACCAGCAUUAGAAAAUGCUUGGGACUCUUGGAAUACUUUUAGAAACAUGACUGGUUAUAGUAUACAAAUUGCUAUAGUUUUGUGCCUCACUAAAUAUGUGCCAACUCAUGAUGAGAUAAGUCGAUGGAUUGGUGAACCUGUGUGUGCUUUAUCUAUUAGUACAAACCUUUUCAAUUUAAACAAAAAAGGAAAUCCAGUACUCAAUGAAGACCAUGAAAAUAUUUUGAAAAUAGCAAUACAACAAAAAUGGACAAUUAUUUUAUCAGGCGAACCGUUACCAAAUAUGAGAGACUAUUUUUAUUACAUUAUAUUUAUUUCUAAGAACAUUCAUAUCCCAGCUCCAGUAAUUUUGUGUGAUGAUCUUCUACAACUACCCUUGCAACCACUCAGGGACAAUCUUAUGUCUUGUGUAUAUCAUGUUUUUGAACAGGAUCCAGUUAAAUAUACACAAUACCAAAAGGCAAUACAUUUGGCGAUCAUAGACAAAAAGGUAAAAAAUAUUGUUAUAGCUGUUAUUGGUGCCGGUCGAGGUCCUCUAGUUAAAGCCAGUUUGCGGGCUGCAGAUUUAGCAGCCGUAAAUGUUAAGGUAUAUGCAGUUGAAAAAAAUGAAAAUGCCAUACCGACACUACUUAUGUAUCAAAAAAACAUUUGGGGUAAAUCUGUUGAUGUGGUUUUCAGUGAUGGGCGAGAAUGGGACCCACCUGAGAAGUGUGACAUAAUGGUGUCUGAACUUUUGGGAUCGUUUGGAGACAAUGAAUUGUCACCGGAAUGCCUAGAUGGAGCUCAGAAGUGUUUGAAAGAUGAUGGGAUAAGUAUACCUUGUGAAUAUUCAUCCUAUUUAAGACCUGUAAUGUCACAUAAACUGUAUAGUCAGACUAUAAGAAAUGAAGCCAUCGAUGAGUCAUGCAUAGCAAAGUCGAAAGAUGCUGCAUUUGAACAGUCGUACAUUGUUUUACAACCAAAUAGUUAUAAACCAACCAAGACCAAAAAAUUAUUUUCGUUUUAUCACCCCAAAAAAAAACUGGAAAGCAAUGCUCGGUAUAAAUGCCUUAAUUUUGAAAUAACUUCUAACAUGCAAUUGCAUGGUUUUAGUGGUUAUUUUGAUGCAGUACUGUAUAAAAAUAUCAUAAUAAGUAUUGAACCUUUAACUGAGAGUUUUGGUAUGUUCAGUUGGUUUCCUAUUUAUUUUCCAAUCAAAGACACAAUGUUUGUUAAAUCGGGUAAUAUUAUAUCUGUGCAUUUUUGGAGGUGCUGCGAUAAUUAUAAAGUGUGGUACGAAUGGUGUGUAUCUUCUCCAAACCAAACACCUAUUUAUAAUUGCCAAGGAAAAUCAAAUUCUAUAAGACUAAUAAAUUAAGUAAAUACUAUUUUUUUAUUGUAUUUGUUAUAUUUUUAUAUUAUUGACUGAUAUCUUUUAAAUUGUAAUAUUAAAUUUCCUAUUUACCCAUGUUGAACAUGAAAUAAUUAGACUUAUGUAUUAGUUAAUUAUGCAUUUAGUUAUGUAAUACAUAUUUUAUAAUAA